GAAGUCCUCAAAGAUAUUGUGGAAGGAGCUGAUUUGUCCAAUGUUUUGCAGCUUAGAAACGCGUGUUUGUACGUGUUAUCCUAUGCGGGUUUUUUCAGAUCUGAGGAGGUUCUUAAUAUUAGAAUGAGUCAUACUCCUUUUUAUGACGGGUUCAUGAUUAUCAAAGUAGGCAAAAGCAAAACUGAUCAGCUUAGGCAAGGUGACGAAGUGGUUAUUGUUCAAUACAAGGGAAAUGUUUGCCCGGUUUUCUUACUCAAAGAGUCCUUGAAGAAAUUAGAUAUUAGCCCUGACUCUAGUAAAUUUAUUUUCCGACCGCUUGUUAAAACCAAGUCGUCCUACAAAUUGGUUCGAGUUGAUAGGCAUAUCUUAUAUGCAACCUUCAGGGGUCAGUUAACUAAAAGUCUGCAGAACAUUGUUCCUGAUCCCUCUGUAUUUGGGACUCACUCUUUCCGGUCUGGAGGACCGUUGAGGGCUGCCAACAGCGGGGUUAGUGAUAUAGUUUUUCAGAGGCAUGGCAGAUAGAAAAGUGUCGUAGCUAAGGAUGGUUACGUAAAGGACGACAUGUCUUCACGUCUUGUAGUCUCGAAAUCUUUAAGAAUUUAGUUUCUUUUCUUUUCGGGGUUUCAUUCAAGCCCUGUACUUUUUCUUCUAAGUUGUUGUAUAACGAAUUGUUAUAUGUGUGGUGCUCGGCCGAUACAGCCAUAAUAAACCUAAUGUUUUUUCUAAUUCUAGUUGUACUGCGUAGUGGAGCCAAAAUUGCACGUUUUCUGCAACAACUUCAAGAUGUUGGAAUCACCUUCCCCUUAAGCUACGCGCUUCUCAAUUUGUAAAUACUUUGAGGAAUGCUAUGUAUAAACAUUUUAAAUCAAGACAACUUAGGGAUAAGAUUUUUACUCUCCUUUUUUAGAUCAUUUUUGCUUAGAUCGCAUGACACGAGCAAUAGCCCUUUCCCAAGAUAUUUCAAACGCAAAGUCGACCGGGAAACCUUAGCUCCAGAGCGAGGCUAUGGUAAGUACACAUCCACUAUGGCGGCUAAGGAGACAGUUCCUCGGGGAGCGAUUUAUUGUUGUGUGCCACUUUGCCAUAGUUAUAGUGGCAAAGUUGUCAAUGGAAAGGCGGUAAAACUUCACAGACUUCCAAAGGAGACUAAAGCUAGAAGGAUUUGGAUUUCUAGGCUCAGAAAUGUGCAUCAAAAUUUUUCUGAAAAGUCUGGAACUCGAGUUUGCAGCUUGCAUUUUAAAGGCGAAGAAGGCCCAAAGCCGUGGUGUCAGUUUCCAUCUUUGUUCCCCUCGAAGCCAGUCCAGGAAUCCUUACUUCGACGGAAUAGACCCUUGCCUAACAGAUUGAGGGGAUCAACGACAUAUUUGAAAGUGCAAACUUGUCAAGAGCUAGCUGAAUACUCAUCGAGCACCAAACAAGCAGUGUACAAUGGAAACAACUUCCAUCACUGUUUCCACGACUAUAUUUCAACCACGUCAUGCAAUUUUGACUCGGGCGGUAUUUCCAAGGAUGGAUCAAGAGAUAAAGGUAUUCAGUUUUGCUCCAAUUCUACUAACAGUGGUGUUCAAGCUACAGUUGAAAUGAAAGAUUUUGGAGUUCAAGUGAAUCUUCCUCUGCUCACAGCAGAGGACCUGAAAGGAGAUGACCUGAAAACCAGAUUUUACACCGGAUUCGUAAAUUUUGGGACUUUCAUGGUAAUUUUUAACAGCUUAUCACUAAUAACUGGAAAGCUAAAUUACUGGAAUGUAAAGGAUUCACUAAAGGAAAAGGAAUAUUUGGAAAAUGA